CUUCACGAUCACUACCAGUCUCUCGUUCCUCUCUAAACCCGUUCAGUCCUCCCUUUGACACCCCAAUGGCAUCGACAAUGAGACCUCUCGUCCAAAUGGUUGGACGAGCGUCUCGCUCCACCAUUCCCACCCUCGAACGCAGCACCCUCCGAUCAAUCCCAUCGCAAAACGCUUUCCUUCCUCUCCGGACAAAACCGGCCCAGGCCGCAUACACUCAAACUCUCAGACACAAUGGCCUCUCCUCUCAGCGCUCCUUCAGUACGACUACCUUCCGCGCUCGGGCACGCACAAUGGGCCAGCUCAAGGCCCGGAAUUCCACCGGUCCAUUCUCAUGGAAAUCAGCGCUGCUCUUCGUUAUUACCGGUGCGGGCAUGAUCGUUUAUUUCCGGGUGGAGAAGGAACGGUUGGCGCGAAAGCGUGUCGCAGAGAUGAGCAAGGGAGUCGGCCGGCCGAAGGUUGGAGGUCCGUUUGUGUUGAAGGACCUGGACGGCAAACAGUUUACCGACGAGGACUUGAAGGGAAAAUACAGCUUUGUUUACUUCGGCUUCACGCACUGCCCUGAUAUCUGUCCCGACGAAUUGGACAAGAUGGCCGAGAUCAUUGACAAGGUGAAGGAGGCUACCAAGGGCGAGAACAUCUUUUUGCCUGUCUUCGUUACUUGCGAUCCCGCUCGCGAUACUCCUGAAGUGCUGCGCUCGUAUCUCCAGGAGUUCCACGGAGAUAUUAUCGGCUUGACUGGCACGUACGAUCAGGUCAAGAACAUGUGCAAGCAGUACCGGGUGUACUUCAGCACACCGCAGAACGUGAACCCAGGCGAAGACUAUCUGGUGGACCACAGUAUUUACUUCUACCUGAUGGACCCCGAGGGCGAUUUCGUCGAAUGCAUUGGCCGCCAGGACACCCCCGACUCGGCUACCAAGGUGAUCAUGGAGCACAUCAACGACUGGAAGCGCGAAGGGAAGCCAUUGAGAAAGGACUAGAGUGUACGAAUAGCAUGGAAAAGUAUGUACAAUAGAAAUACCCUACUCAGACACGGGCCGAUAGCAUGUAGCAUUAUAUGAC